AUGGAUUUAUUAACUAUACUUACAAAUUCUAAUUCUUUUAUGAAAGAAUCUAUGAAAAUAGAAAAUAAAACAAAACUAUUGAAUACAUUUACCAAUUCUAUAAAUUCUGAAUUAACAAAUCAACAUAAACAUUCUUUAAUUGAUAUAAAUAUGAAUAUGAAAAAUCAUUCAGAUCAAUCUAAAACUUAUACUAGUCAAUACAAUAAUUUGAAUCUAAGUAAUUAUCAAUUAAACUCUUCUUUAUCUGGACCUUCUAUGUUUUUAUCAUGUCGAACAUUAUUGCCAACUUUAACAACACUUUGUAAUACACCUGUUGUAGCCUCAGAAACACUGGAAUCAUUGUCUUCAGUAAAGAUUUCUUCCAAUUCUAUUACUGAUAGUAAGUACUACUUUUUUUUUUUUUAG